AUGGAGUCUACGGAUCGUAUAGCUGCUGUUCGGUUUCUGAUUACGGUCCAGCGCUGGACAGGACUGUUCAAAUGGGCGGACGAAAAUGGCACUGACCUCUGGUCAAGGGUGAAGCGCAUCUAUCCAUUUGCCCUGCAUCUGCCGCUGACUUUCACCUACAUUUCCCUGAUGUGGCUGGAGGCACUCACCUCCGCCGACUUCGAGCAGGCUGGCCAGGUGCUGUACAUGUCGCUGACAGAGCUGGCCCUGGUCACCAAAAUUAUCAAUUUCUGGUAUAGGCGAGAGCAGGUCUCAGAGUUCAUUCGCGAACUGUCAGAAGAUCCCGCCUACGAGCUACGCACCCGCGAGGAAGCGGAGCUCUGGCAACGCCAGCAGCUGCACUUCAAGCGCAUCUUCUAUUUCUACAUCAGGGGCAGCCUAUUUGUGGCUGCAAUGGGCUAUUUCAGCGUAUUCGUUCAGGAGGAGUACGAGCUGCCCUUCGGCUACUACGUUCCCUUUGAGUGGCGCACCCGGGAGCGCUACUUCUACGCCUGGGGCUACAACGUUAUUGCCAUGACGCUGUGCUGUGUGUCCAACAUCCUGCUGGACACCAUGGGCUGCUACUUCAUGUUUCAUAUCGCCCUGCUCUAUCGAGUUAUGAACCUCCGCCUGCGGGCGCUGCAUCAGGCACCCGAAAAGGUGGCCGCUCCCGAGCUGCGUGCCAUUUUCCGGCUGCACACACGAGUGCGCCGCCUGACGCGCCAGUGCGAGGUGCUCGUCUCGCCCUACGUCCUCUCCCAGGUGGUGUUUAGCGCCUUCAUCAUCUGCUUCAGCGCCUACAGGCUGGUGCACAUGGGCUUCAGGGAGCGGCCGGGCCUCUUCCUCACCACCCUGCAGUUUGUGGCCGUGAUGGUUGUCCAGAUAUUCCUGCCCUGCUACUACGGCAACGAGCUCACCUUCCAUGCCAGCGCCCUGACCAACAGCGUGUUCCACACCAACUGGCUGGAGUACUCGGUGCCCACUCGCAAGAUGCUCAACUGCUACAUGGAGUUCCUUAAGCGACCCGUCAAGGUGCGAGCCGGAGUCUUCUUCGAAAUUGGCCUGCCCAUAUUCGUCAAGACAAUCAACAAUGCCUACAGUUUCUUUGCCCUGCUCUUGAAAGUAUCCAAGUAA